CUGGAAAAUUUUGCAGGGCAGUUUCACUGGACAGCUUUGCAGAGCUGUGCCAUUUGAAUUUCAGCACAGACAUCCACGCACUGCACUCUCCAUUUCUGGCGUGCCUCCCAGCACAGAGUUUAGCAGAGGCUCGGGUUCAGCUUUCCCUGCUCUCCCUGCAGCAGCAGUUUCUCUGGGCUCUCCUAGCCAGGACUCCCCACCGAUCAUGGAGGAUACUACUUUGCAAAUUAUCGAACCACCAACCGCUUCUGAGGCCUCUGAGGAGCAAAUGCCCGAAGAACCCAUCAAGUCAGACCAGAUCAAUGGUGUGAUGGUGCUGACCCUUCUGGACAAGAUCAUCGGAGCAGUAGAUCAGAUUCAGCUGACCCAAACACAGCUGGAGGAAAGACAGCAAGAGAUGGAUAGUGCAGUGGUCAGCAUCCAGGGAGAGUUAACCAAGCUGACAAAAGCUCACACCACCACCAGUAACACCGUGAACAAAAUGCUGGAGAAAGUGCGCAAGGUGAGCGUCAACGUGAAGAGCGUCCGGCAGAACCUGGAGAAGCAGGCUGGGCAGAUAAAGAAGCUGGAGGCCAACGAAGCGGAGCUCCUGAAACGCAGAAAUUUCAAAGUCAUGAUCUACCAGGAUGAAGUGAAGCUCCCAUCCAAACUGAGCAUCAGCAAGUCUCUGAAGGAAGGCGAAAAGCAGGAGAAGGAAGGUGAAGGCGAGGAGGUGCCCGCAGGUGAGGACCAUGCAGAGGAGGAUCACAUCCAGCUCUCCUCUGAUGAAGAGGUGGAGAUUGAAGAGAUUAUUGAGGAGUCACGGGCAGAGCGCAUCAAAAGGAGCGGCAUGAAGAGAGUGGAUGACUUUAAGAAGGCGUUCUCGAAGGAAAAAAUGGAGAAGACAAAGCUGAAGACGAAGGAAAACCUGGAGAAGACCCGCCACAACCUGGAGAAGACCCGCCACAACCUGGAGAAGAGGAUGAACAAGCUGGGCACCAAGAUUGUGACUAAUGAAAGGAGAGAGAAGAUGAAGACUUCUCGAGACAAGCUGAGGAAGUCUUUUACCCCUGACCAUACCAUCUAUGCCAGGUCCAAGACAGCCGUCUACAAAGUGCCACCCUUCACUUUCCAUGUCAAGAAAAUUAGAGAGGGCGAGGUGGAAGUAAAAGCCACGGAGCUGGUGGAGGUAGGUGGAGAGGAGGGGGAAAACUCGGAUCUGAUGCGUGGGGAGAGCCCUGAGAUGCACACACUGCUGGAGAUCACAGAGGAGUCUGACGCGGUACUGGUGGACAAGAGCGACAGUGAGUAGGGCAGGCAGCAGCACGGGAAGGUUGCGGAUGGAAGCUGAACACGUAAUCAUUCACAUGUUGAGAUCUCUCUUUGCCCCAGUGCCUUGGGGGAAGUGUACACAGCAUCUUUACUACCCUGCAGAGCCGAUGCCAAUCCCCUGCCUGCUAGGACAAGGUGUAUUUUAUAUUUUAGUUUUAGCACACAUAAAUGUUAGGAACACAGGACUGUUUUUCUUACACUGUCAAAUUACCCUUGGAGAUCAUUCCUGCCACAGCUGUGUGAGAGCCUUCCAGAACCCAAACCUGGAGAAGGGCUCUGAGCAAUGGGGACCCAGCCCAGCUGGAGAAUGCUAAAGCCAAGAUGACAGCCGUACACCUGAAAUGCUCAAGCGUCCUUUGUGAGCACAGACCUGGUGUCAAGAAUGCCCGCCCAGCCCGCAAGGCCCCAAUUCCCUGUGCCAGGCUGAGUGGCUGUCCCCGCAGACAGCAGAUACCUGGGAUCCAAGCUGCCACCCGAGGAGCAGAGGGUCUGCAAUGCACCCAGCGUGCGGGAGGGAGGAAUGGAGCACAUCCUGUCAAUGGGCAGAGUAAUGGUGAAGCUGAGCAGCCCCACGGCACGCAGGCGGUCUGCUCCAUUCUUUCCUCCCAAGGACCAGAUCACUGCGGCGGAGCCACAAAACCAACCUGCUGCUGGGACUGCAGAGCCCUCACAGCCUGCGCCUGCUGCCUCACCCCAGCACUGCCAUCGCGGGAGCAGUGUGGGUGCACAUCCCCAGCUCGGGUUAAAUCCCAGCUGCCUGAAUGCUGGCUGGGCAGGGAAUGUGCGGAGCUGGACGCUGCUCCCCACCUUCUGUGCGUGCCACCAUCGGUGGGCAGUGAGCGCACACCGGCCAGGCAGAGGGUGGCUGUGGGUGUCUGUGCCAGAGGAGCCCACACCAGCAGUGUCGCGUUGCCAGAGGAAUUUGGGAUGUGCUGAUGCUGUGGGAGGCACCCGGCCGCCAGUGAGCAGCCUUGACACCGGUCCGGCACCACAUCUUGAGCAUUUCUGAGCAUCUCCUUCCUUCAGGGGUCCUGGCGCGGCUCAGGCUCGCGCCCACGUCCGGCACUUCCCUCCCCAUUUCCCACUUUCCGUGGCUUUGCUCUGUCGCUGUAGGAUCACACGCAGCCCCACGGCACUGCCCGGCUCAGCCCGCACUGCUCUCACGCGCAGCCCCGCACGGCAGCAGAGCAGGAGCAGGCAGGAGGCUGCGGCCCCACAGCUUCUCCUGGGAGCCGUGGGUGCACCGGGGCGGGUGGACGUGGGGGGGGGGGAUGCGCCCGUCCCUCCUGCUCAGCACUGCCCUACGUGCCGCUUUCUUUCCGGCCCUGCUCCUCCCCGCGCAGCCGGGACCGCUGCUGACAUAACCACGUAUAUAAACUUGCUUUUCCUCUCAGAUCGUUCUCCCUCUCAUUGUCUAACGCACCCAGCCCUCCCCACCCCGCGGCCUCGCCCUGUGCCCGUGGCUGCGCUGCGCUGCGCGCCCCGGCCCGCGGACUCCUCGCGGCGCUGCAGACCCGCGCGGUGCAGCGCAGCUGCCGGGCAUCGGUCGCCCCGCGGUGCCCAUCCCGGGCGCGUUGGACAAAGCUCUGAUUGUUUUCUAUGACUGCAUCCUGGUGAGCAGCACAACUAAUAAAGGCUCUUUUGUAAAGGA